UGUUUUGACAUGCAUUUUCAUAACAAAUGAGAAAGUAGAAAUUUCAGUGUUUCGAAAAAGUGUUGCAAAAGUUGUGAAGAAUGUUUUGCUCGUAUUGUAAAAAAAGUUCUCACAUAUUAUUUACGCACCAUUUAUGCGGCUGUUGCCUGGGAAAUCUGCAAUGUGAUCACCCGAAGCACACGGCGGCAGUAGCUCUUAAGGACGAGGCGCUCCUGAAAGUGCAAUGUGCUAUUUGCCACGAAGAGUUCCCGGAGAAUGAGCUGCAGCAACAUCAGGAUGCUUGCAUGCCGCUUUUGGUAUUUCGGUGUGCCGUCUGCGGGCAGGACUACCUGAGUAAGGAGGGCCUGUGGAACCAUUUGGAUCAACAUGAGAUUGCAGAUGACAAAAAGGAUUUGUACUAUGAAGAAAAAGCAUCGAAGCACGUGUUGCAUAAGUGCGCAAUAUGCAACGAUCAGCGCGGAUAUCAGGAAAGCUUAUAUUGGCACCACAUUCACGAAGACCACGAUGGUUUCUUUCUACGCUGCACGGAGUGUGGCGAUUCCUUCCGAUCGCAAAAGCUGGAAACCGAUCAUCGUCUUAACCAUUGCGAAGCGAGAAAACAAGCGAUUCCUGACGAAUUUAAGGAAGUCAAAUUCGUUCCAGAAUUUAGUGAAGUCAAUUUUCCUGUAGAGGAUGCAGAAACCUCACUCAACGAACUGCCUUCAGACCUACUGUUAAUUCCACAAUUGCAACAGUUCGAAAGUUUGGACCCUACGGAUGAAGUUCAAGAAAACGAUAAUGUCCAGCUCGACGAAUCAUCAGAUGUUGAAGGUUCGAUGAGCGAAACAGACGAAUCCUCUGUUCCGAAGUCUGGUCGAACAAACGCUACAACUUGUGGUGUCUGCAAGAAGAGCUUCAACAGCCCCAUACGGUUCUAUCGUCAUCAAGAUUACGCCCAUCGAAAACGCACCUGCCAACUUUGCCGUAUCACCGUCACAGGUUCCAAUCAAUAUCGGUAUCACAUGCUCAAACAACACUCGGAGCCGUCGUACAAGUGCGCUCACUGCAAAAAAGAAUUCCACUUGUUGGCAGCUUACCGGCGACACACGGACACACAUGCGAACAAAUUUCGCUAUCAAUGCAAAAUAUGUAAGCAUAACUUCAAAGCCCAGGUCUAUCUGGAAAGGCAUAUGCGACGAAACCACCCAAAGGGUUUCAUUUCCCCUGCAGCUUCAACUUCAGCAGCUGUAGAAGAACCCAGCAACGAUUUGCAACACGCCAAUGCAGUCCAGCCUGACGCCUCAUCAUGCCCGAUAUGUAAGAUGUCCUUCGAAGAUGAGGAGCAGUUGAAAAUUCACGAGGAAACUGGACAUUCCCAUCUGCAUUAUAGGUGCACUCAUUGUCCACGAAGAUUCCAGUCACGAAAAGAUUUCGAUGCUCACUUAAGAGAACAUGACAAGUCACGUGAUAAAAAAUUGUGAUCGCAACACCAACCACGUGUUCGGAGUGCAACAAGGAGUGCUACAAUGUGAAAAGAAUGACUCGGCAUAUAGAUUCCUGCCAUGCGCCUAUGACCUGCAAGGACUGCAAAACUGUCA